AUGGAAGCGGAGGACAAAAAUCCCCUUGUGAUUUUAGCUGAAGUAAUGGAUUACGAUUCCAGUUCCAUCACAGUGCGUGAAGGUAAGAAGCUGCUGGUUAAUUGUGUUUGCGAACGAAGUGACGUUGCUCAUAAGUCGGAUAUUUUCUGGAAAAAGGCAGGAGGCAAUCCGAUUGAUGGUGAAACUACUCCAAGUCUGUUUUCGAUUUUGGUCAAGGAAAAAAACACGGGCUACAAAAAGGCAUCUUUGCAUUUUGGAUCUGUUCAUCCGCGCGAUACUGGAUUGUACACAUGUGUAGUGAGAACUGUUGGAGGCCAAAUUUUCGAAAAGUCUGUCCAGAUAAAUGUGUUACCAAAGCUCGAGUGGAAUAACUCGGAUGUUUUGAUUGGAGCUCUUGUAGGUGAUCCAAUCACAGUUGACUGUGGUGUUCGCCAGAAAACGGAGCAUGAAUCCCAAGUUACGCUGACAUCAGGAACCGGCGAGCCGCUAAAUGAAACCAUCUUCACAAUUGCAGGACAUGAAGCUACGAUCGAAUCAGUGACUAAAGCCCACAAGGAUCUUGUCGUUUCUUGUGUGCACAUCGAAAUGCAUCCGGAGCCUAGUGGUGAGGAAUUCCCGGUCGUAGACCGAAAAGACGUUCGCAUUGACGUUUACUCUGCCCCUGAAUUCUCAACUGAUGAAGCUAUUCAAUACACUGUGAUUGACAAUCAUUUUCGCGAAGUCAAGCUCUUCUGCAACAUUACUGCUUCUCAUCCAAUUCCAAAACAAUACACUUUCUACCACAACGAUCAACUCAUUACCUACAGUCAGAAGCAUAUGCUGUACCACUACUCCUCUCCUAUUCAUGGAGCGUAUUUGAAAAUUCGCGACGUCAAUGAACACGAUUUGGGUACUUACAAAUGUGAAGUCUACAACGGCAAGACGAAAUCUGUUUUGAAAAUUCACUUACGUGAAGCCAAUCCGCCUUCUGAGCCGAAAGUAACACUUAUUUCGUCUCACAAACACUCAAUGCAGUGGAAGAUUGAGACGGACGGAAAGAAGCCAGAUCUUCCGGUGAAGUUUGUCGAGAUUAGACAUUUGCGCGCACAACAGGCCGACGGAACAGGAGUUUCCGAUGACGAGAUUGACGAUUCGUUCUGGGAGGGACACUCAAUUAAGAUAGAGAAACCAAUUAACGAAGAAGGAAUAUAUGAAAUCGGAGGUCUUCGUCACGCUCAUGAGUAUGUCUGGCGCUUCCGUCUUAUCAGCGAAGCAGGAUUUGGAGAGAGUGUUGUUGUCCGCGCCAAAACUUUCGAUGAGCUCGAUCUUGCUGCUUACACCUCCUCUGCUGCUCAAACUGCAUUCCUUUCCUUCGUGUCAAUCAUUUUCGUUUUUUUCAUUCUUCAUUGA